AUGGCCGAAAUCCUCAAGCCCGUGCCGGUCGAGGACCUGAAGCUGACCGAGAAGAGCGACGGGUCGGUCAACAGCACGAACGAGUCGCCCGCCUUCCUCGCCGAAGACCCGAAGCUCGACCGCGCCCUGCUAUGGCGGAGGGACGCCGUCCUGAUCCCCAUCAUGGGCCUCUUGUACAUGCUCCUGUUCCUGGACCGGACGAACAUCGCCAAUGCCCGGGCCCUGGGCAUCGGAAAGCCCAAUGGGCUUGAGAUGUCGUUGAAUAUGCCCAGCAACGGCUACAAUGUCGCCUUGUCCAUCUUCUAUAUCCCGUUCGUGCUGGCUGAGGUCCCGGCGAACCUGAUUCUGAAUCUGAACAAGAUCCGGCCGGGCCUCUUUCUGGGCGGCCAGAUGCUCCUCUUGGGCAUUCUCGGCAUGUGCCAGGGCCUCACAAGGACCUACGGAGGCCUUCUAGCCCUCCGCUUCCUCAUGGGCGUCUUCGAGGCAUCGCUGCCCGCAGGUGCCACCUACAUGAUAUCGAUGUAUUACACGAAGCGGCAAGCCGCCGUGCGCUUCGCCUGGUUCUUCAACUUUGCGCUCCUGGGCCCCUUCUUCUCGGGCCUGCUCGCCUAUGCCAUCGUCAACCUCGAGGGUGUGGGCGGGUACGAGGGCUGGCGGUGGAUCUUCAUCAUCGAAGGCCUGAUGACCGUUUUCAUCUCCGUCUUCGUGAUCUUGGGGUGCCCAAACUUCCCGCAGCAUGCCCAGGGCUGGUUCCUGCGCGCGGCGGAGCGCGACCGGCUGAUCGCGCAGCUGGAGGCGUCGCGCGGCGCCGAGACCAAGGGGUCGGCCGUCGACACCGCCGUGUCUGUCUGGAAGGUGCUGGUCGACUGGCGCAUCCACCUAUUUACGGCUGUGUUCUUCUGCUGCGACGUGACGGCGUCGUCCGUGGCCGCCUUCUCGCCGACCAUCCUCACCGAGCUGGGCUGGACGGCGACGACGGCGCAGCUCUUCACCAUGCCCGUGUGGGCCUCCGGCAUCGUGGCCUCAUUCGUCGUCACGUGGCUGGCUUCGCGCCUGAACCGGCGCGCGCCCUUCAUAUUCGGCUGCAUCACGCUGCAGCUUGUGGGCUGGAUCAUCAUGCGCGUGUACGCGCAGCCCGCCGGCGUGCGCUACCUCGCGCUCUUCUUCAUGUCCAUGGGCACUUUUCCCCAGAUGCCGCUAUUAAUGGCGUGGCUGAGCGCAAAUCUUCGCGGCCGCAAGUAUCUGGCCGUCGGCAUGGCGUGGAUGGUCGGCUUUGGCAACUGCGCCAACUUUGUCAGCAGCAACGUUUUCAUCACCACCGAGCGCCCGCGUUACCCGACGGGCUUCUCGACCGGCCUGGGCUUCACGGUGUUGGGGCUCGUGCUGGUCACGCUUGGGACUGGGCUGCUGGUGCUGAAGAACCGGAGGAGGGAGGCGGCGCGCGCGCAGAUGUCGGAUGCGGAGCGCGAGUGCUAUGAUGAGGUUUACUUCAAGUUUGUUUAUUAG